UUGAGGACGACUUGGAAAAAUAUGUUGGUUUACCUGCAAAGACAAAAAUGGAACGCAAUUGUUCAUGAUGCAUGCAUGUUUCCCUACGAUGUGAAGCAUGAUGAUGGGCAGUAUAUCAUCAAGCCUUGUAAAGUUAUGGUAUCAUGAGAUGCAACCAUCGCAUGUAUGCCAAAAGGUCCUCGCCUACUCGGCGUCCCACGACUAGCUCUUGUCUCGGAUGUUUAUUCUGCUUCGGGUUGGAGCCUACCGCCAGCCAGGGGUCCCGAGGUUGAGAGAUUGCACUUGGAAAUCUUCGGGUUAUCUAUGACGACUCGGGCUGCAUCCCCGGAUCAUUUCUACUGGUCGCCUUCUCACAGCACUGAUUCUCUGCCUUCGUUCUUCUCCAAAACAGUCUGGAGACAGAACCAGCAGUUGCCUCCACCUCUCUCUGGCUAUAAAUCCGUCUGGUUUUCCGGUGCCACGCCCAAACAUGCGUUCAUGGUCUGGCUGACAGCUAGGAACCGGCUUCCAGCACGUGACCGCUUGAAUUACUGGGGCCUUAAUAUCUCCCCCUUUUGCCUUCUGUGCAAUGAUGAGGAUGAAUCUACUGGCCAUUUGUACUUCAACUGUGGUUACACUAUCGCCCUAUGGACAUCUAUAUUUGCCCCAUCACACAUCACUUAGACUAACCUAGGUUCAUUUGAGAACGAUCUUUGCUGGCUAUUGGACUGUGACGCCAACCGGUGCGUCAAACUCAUGGUGAUGUUGUUAUUUCAGGCAGUUGUAUACUAUACUUGGCAGGAGAGGAACUGCAGGAUGCAUGGUGGAACUCCUCGCACGACAGUUGUUAUGCGCAAGGAGAUCCUACGAUAUACUAAGCGGAAGCUAUGGGCGUUGAAAUCAUUAGGCUCGGGUCCUGCUACUAAUCCAGAAUUGUUACAAAUAUGGUUCUCUCUAUUCGACAGACUUGACUAAUCACACUAAUCUUCUCUGGGCUUUUGGUUUUGUAACAACCGCUGCUCGUUUGUAAAGAAUGUUU